GUUAGACUUUGCCCUUUGGUGCUAACAGUGGGGGCAGGGGGCUGUGACUGUCUCGCUCACAGCAAGGCUGCCCAACUCCCUUACACAUUCUGUGCAGAUUCUAUUGCACUGUCUUGCAAAAAAAAUAAUCAGUCGUGAUCUUUCACCGGAUAAGCGCUUUCCACAUCCGGUAAAGAUGUACUGUACACGUUGGGGCUCAGAGGAAAAGGCAGUGCCCUCCUGGCCACCAAGGGCAUAAAUUUCGCUACUGUGGAAAGUGAAACUGAGGGGAAGGACGGAGACUUCGUUUCCUUCAUACGCCUGCGCCUUAAAAAAGACAACUCCGCUUUCCUGGAACCCGAAAGUCGCGCAUUCGGGACCCCAGGAGAGGCGGAACCAUUGUGCUCAGUUGUGUUGUGCAGCGGAUAUAUUUACGUGCCGUACCAAAGGGAUUAAUUUUUGCGUUUGGAGAGCCAUGGCGGGGUCCGGGGCAGAGCUAAAACCUGCCGUAUUGAAGCACCGGCGAACUACACUCGAACGGGUCGAAAAGUUUAUCUCCGAGAUAUACUUCACGGACUGCAACCUCCGGGGCAGGUGGGCUUGUGUUGGUCCGACACCUAAAGCCUUCCCCAUUCACCCCACCUGGCUUACGCAGCGCAGCGUUGAACUACGGAACUCCCUCCCACAGGAGGCAGUGAUGGCCACCAACUUGGAUGGCUUUAUAAGUGGGUUACCGUCGCAGUUCCAUGGAGGAGAGGGCUAUGGAUGGCUACUAGCGGCGAUGGCUGUGCUCUGCCUCCAACAAUUGGAGCAAAUAACACUUGUGAAUAUCAGUUUCUGGAAACUGCAGAGGCGGGGGAAUGUGCUGUUGUGCUCAAGUCCAUUGGCGAAGCCAUGCGGGGGGCAGGAAGGGGCAACCGCUCCCCCAAAUCCAUUCAAAUCAAUAAAAAUGAAUAGCUGAGUUUCUGCACCCCCCCCCAACAAAAGGCCUGCCCCCUCCUAACAAAAAUAAUGGCUAUGCCCAUGCUCAGGUCUUGCUUCCGGUUUUCCCACUGGGGCAUCUGAUCCCCCCCCCCCCCCGGUGAGAAUAGGAUGUGGACUAGAUGGGCCAUUCCAUUCAGCUAUUCCACCUGGCCUUCAAUUUGAAUUAACCUGAUCAUCUGUUCCCAUUUCCCUUUCCUUUUCUAUGAAGAAACCCUUCUGGGACCCCACUUUUAAGCUCUUCCCUGGUCUCCUUGCCGGCCCUAGUAGGACAAACUUGGCCAGUUAGCCCUAGUGAUCAUUUGAUGUCUACUGACAGGGUUUCUUCCCCCCCCCAAAAAAAAAAUGACCCCUGAAUUUUAGAAUUUUAUUGACAUUGAUGCUGCAUUUAUGUUGUGUUUUUAUGCUGUUUUUAAGUCGCACUUUAACCAAUGUUUUAUAUUUGCUGUUAGCUGCCCUGAGCCCGGAAUUUUAAAUCGGGAAGGGCGGGGUAUAAAUAAAAAAUUAUUGAUUGAUUGAUUGGAUCCAGUACACUCUUCUCAUGGUUAUUACAUUCUUAAGAACACACAGUUUGGCCUGCAUGGGGGAUUUGAUGUGACCAUAUUUGUUUUUAGAAGGUGGUUGUGGCCAUGUUGGGUCCAGAGGAUAGCACAAUAUAAGUACUGUAUGGUUUAAGAGCCUUUCGAGAGUCCUGUCUUUUGCUGUUAGAGGCUACAUGAGACUUCCAAGUUUCAAAGUGGCCCUUGUAGCCCCAUCCUCUUAAUCAUAGAAUUGUGGAGUUGGAAGUGACCCUGAUGGUCAUCUAGUCCAAUCCCCUGCAAUGAAUCAACUAAAGGAUUCCCGGGUUUGGACAGUUUGAUCUCCAGCCGUUUUAACUGUUUGCUGUGAAACAUGCCAUCUGAUUUCUGCUUCCACAGUUGGAGUCAAUGCUGCUUCUGAAUACAGUGGUACCUCGGGUUAAGAACUUAAUUCGUUGUGGAGGUCCAUUCUUAAAAGGUACCACUUUAGCUAAUGGGGCCUGCUGCCGCCGUGCGAUUUCUGUUCUCAUCCUGAAGCAAAGUUGUCAAGCAUCUUUUUCUCCACAGUGACCCAUCAGAUUUAUUUUAUUUAUUUAUAAUUAUACUUGUACAGUGGUACCUCAGGUUACAGAUGCUUCAGGUUACAGACUCCGCUAACCCAGAAAUAGUACCUCGGGUUAAGAACUUUGCUUCAGGAUGAGAACAGAAAUUGCACGGUGGCGGCACAGUGGCAGCAGCAGGAGGCCCCAUUAGCUAAAGUGAUGCUUCAGGUAAAGAACAGUUUCAUGCUAAGAACGGACCUCCAGAACGAAUUAAGUUCUUAACCCGAGGUACCACUGUAUACUGCAAUUUCAUAAAAAAUAUCAAAGAGCUGAUGACACUGAGGUGUGUGUUUCACUGCAGGUUGUUUGGUGCUUCCUGCUCGUUGGCAUCUCUCUCUUGCUUUGAAACCUCACAGCGGAUUCCAUAUGACGAAGCUGUCAGACAAGAAUUUAGGCUUGUGAAGGUUGGAGACUGUUUUGGGAGCACGUAAGUAUUCCCUUAGAGGCUAAUGAAUUAAAGGAACAUAUAAACUAUCCUUUCUUCAUGUGCCUCCUCCACGAGAUGUCUGGAAGGCGGUAACAUGAGAAUGGCCUUUUCUUCAGUGGCUCCCCAUUUGUAGAAUGCUCUCCCCAGGGAGGUUCAUCCAGCACCUUCAUUAUAAAUCUUUAGGCACCAGACGAAAACAUUUCUCUUCAACCAGGCCUUGGCCUGAUUAAUAUUCUAUGGCCUUUUUAAUGUGUUUGUGGGACGAGGGGGUAUUGUUUUGUUUUAUCUAUUUAUUUUGUGCUUUUAUCCUGUAUUUUUAUCUUGUAAACCUCCCCAAGAUGGUUGAAGGAUGAUCUAUAAACUAAUAAAAUAAAAAUAUAAUAGGAACACAGGAAGAUGCCUUAUACUAGUCAGACGAUUACUCUGUCUUGCUCAGUCUUGUCUACACUGACAGUGGCUCCCCAGAGUUUUGAGCAGGGAAUUUUCCCCAGCCCUACAUUCUUGAGUCACAGCUAUGGAAAGCUAUGGGACAAAGCAAACUUGAGCAGAGUGCCGUUACAUCACAUGAGGCUGAAUUCCCCAUCUUUUUCCUAGGCCCUCAUAAGUAACAUUAAUGGUGUGUGCUUUGGUUGAGCCAGGGAUUUCAGGGCCCUUUUCUGAUUGAAGCGUUGGGUGAACACUAAUACAUUUCUUGCCAUCCUAGUGAGAUAGUUAUCCUGUGGAAAUUGGAAGUAUUGUUUGUAUUUAUUUAUUUUUAAAAAGUCACCUGAAAUUGUGCAUGUCACUUCCCUAAGAUGGAAGACCUGCUGGUUCAAAGUAGAUCUCAGCAUCCCCAGGGAAUGGACAGGAAAGGAAGUCCACCUUCUUUGGGAAAGUGAAGGAGAGGGAAUGAUUUGGAGGGAUGGCCAACCUGUGCAGGUAAGUGACAACCUCAUCUGGAUGUGCAGAGUGCUGAUUAGCUAGCGCUCAUGACCAUAUCAAAAUCAUGCAUCCUGCCCCCUUGCCCAGAGUAGAAUUAAAAUAGAUAGAUGGGCUCCUUUUAAAUGGUGCUGAAUUUAACUAGAGAUGAAACAAGCCAGGCACAUGAUUCUUUCUUUCUUUCUUUCUUUCUUUCUUUCUUUCUUUCUUUCUUUCUCUCUUUCUCUCUUUCUUUCUUUCUUUCUUUCUUUCUUUCUUUCUCUCUUUCUUUCUCUCUCUCUCUCUCUCUCUCUCUCUCUCUCUCUCUGAAAAAAAAACAAAGCUAAGUUCUUUGUUGGUGGGAGUUGGCAAUGUCCACAAAGGGUUCAGAGUUUAGUACUGUAUAUAUGUCAGGGUUUGUGAAGGGAGAAGCAGCAGAUCUUGCCAUGCAACUGAAAAGCCCUCACUGGCUCUUGCAAGGAGGUAGUGUACAUCUUUGUGCAGCAUUCAAUAGUUAGUGACAAGUCAAUGAUUGUGUUGGCACGUUAUGCCACUUGUUCCAUUUUAGACAGUGUUGUCCAUUCUUGUGUUACAUUUAAGUGGUUACCUCUGAUCCCCUCUCUCCCACCCCCCAAAAUCUGACAGGGUUUGACGCGGGAAGGUGAGAAGACCAGCUACAUUCUGACAGAUAAUCUAAAGGAGACGGACCCCCACAGGUGAGCAAGGAAGCCCUCUUAGCCAUUCAGAGGGUUACUCUUUUGUUUUUCUAGGAAAGUCAGAUUGCCUAUUUUGUCCAUUUUCGUUCAUUUAAAAAAGAAGUCAAGACCGUGUUGGCUGAGGGUGAAGAGUGUUGGAAGGCACUGUGUUUGUUACCCCUGGAUUAAACAGUUAGAUGGCUGAUGAGAUUGCUGACAUUUUUCCCUUCCCUAGCUUGACCCUGUAUGUGGAGGUUGCCUGCAACGGUCUGUUUGGAGCUGGGAAAGGCAGCAUGAUUGCACCACCUGAUCCUGACAAGAAGUUCUCCCUGCAGAAGGCAGAGCUGGUGGUCUUCAACAGGGCUGUCCAUGAACUUCUGGUAGACUUUGAGAUUCUUCUGGACAUGGCUAAGGUAAAGCUUAUGCUUCCUGGUUUUGUCUUCAAAUGCUGACUGUGCACUAGAGGAAGUCGCCUCCCCCAUUGCCUAAUUCAGUUGUUCCUAAACUUUUUGGGGCCACCGCUCCCCUGGUUCCGUAAACUCGCCCUCGGUGCCCCCUACUCUACCCUAGAAGCAUUAUUCAGAACAGCACUUUGCAUGACCCGCUAAGGAAGAUAGUAAUGCAAUAAAAUUCGGAACAGUAGCAAUCAAUUGCACAUUUAUUCAAAUCCAGUUCAAACUACUAGUUUAAUUAAUUCAACAAAAAUGGCAAAAUUGAUCAAGAGACACCAGCUUUGCAAUGUCUGACAAUCAUUUGCACCUCUAGCACCCCCUGCUGGCCCCUUGCCUCAUAGCACCCUCCCCCAUAAUCCCACUGCUACCCCCAGGGAAAGGGGUGGCCCGUCCCGUUUUGUUGCCUGAGGCAAAGCAGGAAGGGGCUGCCUUGUGUUUGUCCCCCACACCCUCUCCCCUUGCUGCCUCUACUGAAGCAUCAGUGGGGUGGGGUGGGUUCUGCUUCAUGGAUGGGCCAGCCCUGACCAGUACUGCGUACUUUGGGAACCAUUGCUCUAAUCAGUUAGAGGUUUGUGAAUGCCCCAAGCAACUGCGGGCAUCUUGGGUCCAUUCAGUUCAGGAUGGUCUCUGAUGACCGGAGAUGGCUCUCUAGGUUUUCAAUCAAGGUACAUUCCUACUCCUACCUGCCAAGGAUUGAAUCUGGGACCUUCUGCAUGCAAAACAUUUGUUUUCUCCAUAUUUUGUGAAUUCACACAUCGCACAUCAGCUUGGAUUGGGUGUUUAGUUACAGUCUGUGUGUGUGUGUGUAUGCUUGCUUGCACACAAGUCCCACUGUUUGCUUCUUAACAUAUUGAGCCAUAGACUUAGAAAAUAGUACACUGUGGUUUGGCAUCUUUAGGCAGCCUGCACCAAGCGUCAGAAUAUGGCAAGUGCUGCUGCCUUUAAUGUUGUAUUUGGGACUUGGUUUCCCUGAACAGCUCAGGUCUAGGGUACCUCAGGCCUGAACCUUUAUAUCUCAGCUCAGUCACUGAGAUAAUCUUUAGGAACAUCCUUGCUCUUUCUCGAAGUUGGCAAAGCUUGUUUGACAACAGUGAGAAACCAAGCCUUUAGUGCCACCGACCCCAUCCUGUGGAACCAUCCUGCCAACAGAGGUUCAGUGAGUGUCUUCUGUGUCAACUUUUAAAUGCCUGCUGUUUUUUUUUUUAUAUUUUGCCAGGCCUACGCAGGCAAUUAAGAAUACUUCUCCCACAAUGGUUUGUUGAUGCUUACUUUUAGCCUUUCUUUUUUGUUGCUGUCCCAGAAACUCCAGCGGGUGCAGAAUGCUGCAGCGAGGCUCCUCACGGGGUCUCUGCCAUGGGAGCAUAUUCACUCAGUGCUUUUUCAGCUGUACUGGCUCCCGGUGGAGUACAGGGUCAGAUUUAAGGUGCUGCUUUUGACCUUUAAAGCCCUUCAUUGGCCCAGGACCCUCGUACCUACGGGACCGCCUCUCCCAGUAUGCCCCACGGAAAGCCUCAAGGUCCAUAAAUAGUAACACCCUAGAGGUCCUGGGUCCUAAGGAAGUCAGAUUAGCCUCAGCCAGAGCCAGGGCCUUUUCAACACUGGCUCCAGCCUGGUAGAACGCUCUGUCUCAUGAGACCAGGGCCCUGCAGGAUCUGAUUUCUUUCUGCAGGACCUGUAAGACAGAGUUGUUCCGCCUGGCCUUUGGCUUGGAAUCAAAUUGAUCCCCUCCCCCUCUUUCUUUUUUUCCUUUCUCCUUCUAUGAUGGAACUCCCAUUUGUGGACUUCCCUGGCUUUUUUCUGGCCCAUGUAGGACCAGUCUGGAUAGUUGGCCUUGGUGAAGACUUGACGUUUUCAUCCCCCAAAAAGUUUUUGAUUUGAAUUUCUACUGAAAGGAGGCUGCAUUUUAAUGCUGGAUUUUAAUCUUGUUUUUAUAUCUCAUUUCAAUCAAUAAAAACAAUCAAUUGUUUUUCUAUCUAGUGUUAGCCGCCCUGAGCCCGGUCUUGGCUGGGGAGGGCGGGGUAUAAAUUAUUAUUAUUAUUAUUAUUGCUUUUAACUUAAAAUUUUUUGUGUGUGUUUUUAUUGUAUGGUUUUUACCAUUUGAUGUUGUAAACUGCAUUGAUAUGUUUUGUGAUUUAGUGGUAUAUACAAAACAAAUACCUAACAGUUCCUUGGUAUAGGCUUGUGUGGACGACAUAUUUUGCCAGCACAUGGUUAACGUUUUCCUGUUAUGCAGCUUCUUGGGGAGGAAAAUCAGCGGAGCUUCCAGGCACUUUACACAGCCAAUCGGAUGGUUAACCUGUGCGAUGUUGCCAACCCAUUGACUUUUGCUGCAGCGCACGAACUUGCCUGCUCCGUCUUCGGUCAAAAGAAUGGAGAGAGUCAGCAUGUCAUCCACGCGAUGGGCCAUUGCCACAUUGAUUCCGGUAACAAGAAGUGCAUUUUGGCACAGCGUUGUAGGGAAGGCACCAGCAAUAGUGGCUGGGUUGGGUGGUGGCGGGUGGUUGUUCUGAACCGCAGGCCCAACAGAGGGCUUGUGGGAGAGGUGGGAUGCAGGGAUACCAAAUAAGGAUGCCAAAAACAUCAGAAUGACCGGUUCUAGGUAAAGGUAAACGGACCCCUGACCAUUAGGUCCAGUCGUGGCCGACUCUGGGGUUGUGGCGCUCAUCUCGCUUUAUUGGCCGAAGGAGCCGGCGUACAGCUUCCGGGUCAUGUGGCCAGCAUGACUAAGCUGCUUCUGGCAAACCAGAGCAGCGCACGGAAACGCCGAUACCUUCCCGCCGGAGCGGUACCUAUUAAUCUACUUGCACUUUGACGUGCUUUCGAACUGCUAGGUUGGCAGGAGCAGGGACUGAGCAACGAGAGCUCACCCCGUCGUGGGGAUUCGAACUGCUGACCUUCUGAUCAGCAAGUCCUAGGCUCUGUGGUUUAACCCACAGCGCCACCCGCGUCCCUAUGGCCGGUUCUAAUGCUUUACUAAAGAAAGGUGUAGACUUAAAGCACAGUAGCAGCCUGCCAGAUCUCUUAGCCUUUCAGUCGCCAGACGGACAUGGCAGCAGGGAGAUGGUUUGUCCACACCCAAGCAAACGUGCAAACAGUCUUUAUACACAAAGCAGCAUACGUCACUUUGUCUAGUCCCACCGCUUCACCUGCUCAGAUUAGGGCAUAGAAGGCAUAUACCCAAAUCUGACAGGGAGUUUCCCUUUCUGGGUUCACAGCCCAGCAGCCGAAGCCCGCAGAUAAGGAUAACAUCAAAGCAAGCCAAUUAGCUUAUAUUGAAGCCAGUGAAUCAGCUCAUUGCUACAACAGCUCCCAAUGGCACCAGCAAAGCACCAGUUCUCCUUUGGUUCAGCACAGUGGGACAGAGGUGGGCUGCCCCUCUUCCUUCUUUCCCCACCCCCAGGUGCCACUGCUGGUGAGGGAGACGGGCAAAGGAGUGGGCAGCUUGGCACCGUGUGACUGCGGUGUCCACAGUGUUGGUUAGGGCAUGCCAGUUUAGGGGCUGAAACUUAAUUUUUUGCAAAUUUCUUCAGGGAUGCUCUUUAAAAUGUGUUUUGGGGUGUGGGGAAUUCAAAUCUAUUUUUGUAAUUGGACAACAUGUUUAUGUCUAUGUCUAUGUUUGACGAAGAAGCACAUAAACUGCUUUUGGAAAGCCAAAGAAUUUCAGUUUUACCUUCUGAACAUGUCAGGUAAUGCUGAAAUAAAUAAAUAAAAUAUUAAUAUAUAAUGUAACGGCAAGUCCUGGGCAAUCAUUUUUAAUGAAUUCUAUGCAAUUUUACUUACUAAGCAGAACUAAAUUAUAUUAAUUUAACCAAAAUAUAUAUUUUGAAUUCCCAAGUCAUGUUCCAACUUUUCAGCACUCCUCAUUUUUGGAGUUUGAAAGUUGAGCUCCCUGCUGCCUUGGCCAUUGGGUGGUGUUGCCUUGGGUGGUGCUGGCGAGUUAGGAGAUCAAAGCAACGCCCCCUGUGCUACUGGAUAUAUGGGCGCAUCUGGUGCCAUUUGACAAAAUGUGUGUGUGUGUGUGUGUGUGUGUGUGUGUGAUGAGGCGGCAAGUUCACAUUGUGGAAAGGGUGUUUUAACCUCAGACGUUUGUGUGGGAGAGAGACACCUGCCAGAUGCAAUGAACUGCAAAUCAGGCCAGUCUGUUUAUGCUUCCUCUUGCAUGGCUCUUUUCCCAAGAGUUAGGUCUUUGUUUUUUGUUUUUUUUUAAAUGGAAUUAUUUGGCAAGGACUGGAUGGGAGAGGAAUGGAUGGAGGGGGCAGAGUUGAAGGCCAUAGAAUAGUGAAAGCUAUGUACAGCUGCAAAAAGAAUGUUGUAGAAUCUCGAAAAUGGUCAGGCUAGAAAACUGGAGACGGUUUAACUGCAGUUUUUGUGCAACUCCAAUUUCAUGUGCCCUGACAUUUUUGUUGCUGUCUAUAUACUUAGACUUUUCUGCACAAUCUUUUAUUUUUCUUUUGGCACCAUUAAAAGUGCAUUUGUUUUUUCCCACUUGCUGCACACAGCUUGCAUUUCUUCCUUCAAGGCCGCAUUUCUGUAAUGGCAUAAUUGCUGCCCACUUCUGUCUCCAUGAAUGCCUUGCGCUGACCUCAGAAUCCGGGUUUUCUGGCUGCAGAAUCUAGCACCUUCAUUAUAUAUCUAUCUAGUCAUGCAUGCGACUGACAAGAUUCUGAUUUCUUCUGAAUGCCAUGUGAGAGGCUUAUUUUCUGUCUCUUCUGCUAUGGGGCCGGGUAAGCUCACGGAGCAAUGGAUCCAAACUACAAGAAAGAAGAUUCCACCUAAACAUUAGGAAGAACUUCCUGACAGUAAGAGCUGUUCGACAGUGGAAUUUGCUGCCAAGGAGUGUGGUGGAGUCUCCUUCUUUGGAGGUCUUGACAACCAUAUGUCAGGAGUGCUCUGAUGGUGUUUCCUGCUUGGUAGGGGGUUGGACUCGAUGGCCCUUGUGGUCUCUUCCAACUCUAUGAUUCUAAGCUAGGAUUGUGACCUCCAUAGGCCACAUGGGCAUCAUAAAUGAAUAAACCAGCUCCUGCCUGCAAUUGUCCUCUUAGCUUGGCUGUGGCCUUACGAUGAGACGAUCCGUAAAUGUGCUCGCAGCUGGGUGACUGUCAUACGCCUGAUGGAGAAGAACCCGGAGUUCACCUUUGUUUGCUCACAGGUAUUAUUAAUAUGUCUAUGCAUGGGAAGGGAUCUAGUUUAGGUCAAGGGCUGUGUUCCCUCGUGGGUCAGCUUCUGGGGACCACGUGCCAGUGGUGAGCAGGGCCAAAGCCACAUACAGGCCCCCCACUCACACAUAUCCAGCCACAGCUUCCCAGCAGCAAUGCGGAUUACGACUGUGUCCUGUUUGCGUGAAUGGGAUUCUUCCCCUGCUCACUUUAGCCCGAUUGCCUUGUGUUUGGUGGGGCUGAGGCACAGAGGCUGCAGGCUGGAUCCAAGGAGCUAGUGAUCAAACGCCCAUGUUUUAGUUGAUUAAAUACAGUGGUACCUUGGUUUAAGGGACGCGGGUGGCGCUGUGGGUUAAACCACAGAGCCUAGGACUUGCUGAUCAGAAGGUCGGCGUUUCGAAUCCCCGCGACGGGGUGAGCUCCCGUUGCUCGGUCCCAGCUCCUGCCCACCUAGCAGUUUGAAAGUAUGUCAAAGUGCAAGUAGAUAAAUAGGCGGGAAGGUAAACAGCGUUUCUGUGCGCUGCUCUGGUUUGCCAGAAGCGGCUUAGUCAUGCUGGCCACAAGACCCGGACGCUGUACGCCGGCCCCCCUCGGUCAGUAAAGCAAGAUGAGCGCUGCAACCCCAGAGUCAGCCACGACUGGACCUAAUGGUCAGGGGUACCUUUACCUUUGUUUAAGAACAGCUUAGUUUAUGAACAACUUGGAUUAAGAACGCUGCAAACCCAGAAGUAGGUGUUUUGGUUUGUGAACAUUGCCUUGGAAGAAGAACAUGUUCCACUUCCUGUUGAGUGUAAAUUGAGUUCUCCGCUGCUCUGGGAAAGCACACCUUGGUUUAAGAACGCUUUGGUUUAAGAACAGACUUCCGGAACGGAUUAAGUUCGUAAACCAAGGUACCACUGUAUUUAAUCAACUAAAACUUGGGCGUUUGUAUUGCAAAUGGUGGUGAAUGUUCCACACAGAUAUUUCCUACCUGGUAUGACUAGAGACAUUAUUGCUAAUGAAAAAUAAUUUCUGAUGAAGGAACUAAAUACAAAAUGAAACGCUGCUCUCCUGGCAUACUAUUCUAUUGUCCUGGAGAACUUAAAGGGUUGCAAGCACUCUGACUGAUCUAUGUUUUGUAAAUGAGGGGCACAUUGAUUGUUAGCUCAAAUUUUUAGAGUCAUGCUUCUCCAAAUCUAGAUGGUAGCACUUAUUUUUCGCACACAAGUUGCAGGUGUGGGUACAGGAUGACAACUUUUCAUUAUAUUACAUUUACAUUACAGGUGCCACAUAAUACCUGUUUCACAUUUUAAGAACAUUUAAUGUGGCAGCAUUUACACUUCGGAACUUCCUGCCUAUUGACAUCAGGCAAACACUUUCACUUCCCUCUUUCAAUGCCUCCUAAAAACAUUUUUGUUUAGUAGAGCCUGCCCAGAUGUGUAGAAUGUAGAUGCGUGUUCUAAUCUGAUUUUAGUUUCUUGCUGAUUUUGUUUUGGGAAUGUUUUAAAGAGUUGCUUUUACUUGAUUUUAUUGCUUUAUUCUCUUCCUAAAUCACUUUGAGGAUUUUUUUUUUUUUUUUAACAACAAAGCGGUGUGUAAAUUAAUGAAAUAAAUAAAUGAAUGUGUUUGCCAUUUUCAAUGCAGGCUCAGCAGUUUGAAUGGGUGAAGAACUGGUACCCUGGGUUGUACUCUACAAUUCAGAAGUUUGUGAAAGAAGGGCGUUUCAUUCCUGUUGGGGGCACCUGGGUGGAAAUGGUAAGAAGGAAAGCACCCUUCUCAGUAGCUGGGCCACGCAGGCGACCUGAGGCCAGAAAAUCUCACCUUCUGCCUGCGUUGCAGAUGUUGAACUGAGCUUCUUUUUACCUUAGAGUUAUGUACUGAAGUUCUCACCCUGGGCCAGCAGGGGGAUACUGUAGAUAGUUAUGCAAAUAAGGGAUCGAAAGUGACGUUCAGUGAUUGGAUAGUUUUAGAAAAUUGUUACAGUUACGUUGUACUGGAGCUCUAUAUAAGCAGGCUGACUGAACCCUUCAGUCAGUUCUGUUCUGGCCUGUGAAUAAACAAGAGCUGUUUGAAGAAUCGCUGUGUCGUCUGAUAUGUUCACCCACAACUUAACACUUAGGUUUCUAGCAGGGUAGCCAAUGUGGGGACUGCAAAUGUUUCCGUACGCCAAUUCCCAGCAGCCUCGGCCAGCAUGGCCCUUGGUCACUGAUGAUGGGCAUUACAGUGCACCCAUCUAGAGGGCACCACGUUGGCCAGCCCUGAAAAGAACCUCAUUGUACUCUGUGGCCCAUACUGCUUGACCUUCUCUUGGGCUGCCAGAACCCAGAAUUCUUAGAUGGAGCACUAAUUUUUCUGGGAUGGACAAUUGCUCCGGCGAAGAACGCUGCCAAACUGUGCAGGUGGAGGGGUAGGAAAGAGUGAUGGGCUUAAGCUUCCUGCAUAGGUUUACAGGCUUGUGAUCUUCCCCCAGGACGGCAAUCUUCCAAGUGGAGAAUCCAUGGUUCGUCAGUUCCUGCAGGGACAGCGGUUCUUCCAGCAGGAGUUUGGGAAGCUAUGCUUGGAGGUAGGUGCUCCCAGCCGCAGACAUGUCCUUUGGUCCCAGGGCGGGGGGGACUUCAGGCAUGGGGGCAAAAUGCAGCCAUCAAAGGCAAUGGUUCAAAGGUAAUUAAAUUAAAGGUAAAGGACCCCUGACAGUUACCCUAAGUCCAGUUUCAUCUGUUUCUCUCCUGCACAAGCAGUUCUGGUUGCCAGACACGUUUGGCUACUCUGCACAGCUGCCCCAAGUGAUGAACGGCUGCGGGAUCCACCGGUUUCUAACGCAAAAGCUUAGCUGGAACCUCGUGAACACUUUCCCGGUGAGUUUUGCUGUUUCUCAGUCAAGAAAAAGUGUAAUAGUUUAGAAAUUUCAGGGGUCAGCAAACUUUUUCAGCAGGGGGUCGGUCCACUGAAUCUCAGACCUUCUGGGGGGCCGGACUAUAUUUUUUGGGGGGGAAUGAACAAAUUCCUAUGCCCCACAAAUAACCUAGAGAUGAAUUUUAAAUAAAAGGACACAUUCUACUGAUGUAAAAACACACUGAUCCUCGGACUAAUUUAGAAGGCUGUUGGGCCAGAUUUAGAAGGCUAUUGGGCCGGAUCCGGCCCCCGGGCCUUAGUUUGCCUACCCAUGGUUUAGAUUGAACAAGGAAUAGCUUUUCUUUGCAUUGCUUGAAAAGGAGUGCCUUGGUGUGUGUGUUCUUCCUCAGUUGAAAUCUGCCCAGUAGCAUCAUAGGAUUAUUCAAGCCAUUGUUUAUGAAUCUGGCUCCCCCUGCUGCCACCACCAACAGUCGUUAAGAUUAACCACAGUUUAGGGUUUGGACAUAGUGCUAAAUCAGUGAUUCCCACCCGCUUGGUUCCAUAAACUCAUCCUCAAUGUCUCCCCUCCCCUCCAAAAAACAUUAUUCAGAAUAGCGGUUUGCACGACCCGCUAAGGAAGGUAGUAGUAACAGUAACAAUUAAUUGCACGUGUAUUAAAAAAAUAAAUUUAUGCUGUGGUAUAAUCUUGCAGCUAAGAAAUAUAACAAAGACUAUUGCACGAAAAAUAUUAUGUUGGGGAGAUCUCACACAGGUGAAGGGAAGCAGUGGGGAGGAGGGGAGGGUUAGGUUGAAUUUGGGAAAUAAAAUAAUAUAUGGGACAGCAAAGCAUGUAAUAGAUUCUUAUAGAAUAGUAAUAUAUUGUAACCAGAAUAGAAGUUCAAAAGGGGAAGUAAAUGUAUUUUUAGUAUUUUCAUUAUUGUAAUAGUUACUAUUAUUUCUCAUCAGUAGAAGGCAAUGUUAACUUAGACUUCUUCGUUUUGCUGUCUGUAUAAUUUUCUUAAGUCAAUUAAAAAAAAAAAGACUAUUGAACGAAAAAUAUGUUUUACAAAAUCUUGAUAACGAAAACAUACGGGUAAAGGAGAUUUAUAGCAUAAAAUGUUUAUAUAUAACUACUUACCAAACACGCACAAACCUUUGCCCACCGCAGAUGACCAGUAGCUAGUUUGUAAGAAAAUCAAUAGCUGUUACCAAUAACGGGCUGUCUUGUGGCAACUCACAAUUGAAAAGGGAAAAGCUCUGCGAGCUAUAAGAAUAGUAAAUCAUUAAAUGCAGUGAUCAGUGCCCCUUGGAGGGCCCCUACCCCCUGCAGCCCCCUUGCCUCUUAGCACCUCCUAGGUAGUCCCACCGCCUCCCAGGGAGCAGGAGCACCUACUGUGGGAACCCCUGACAUUGACUAUGGGCCACAAUCUUCUCUUUCAGCACAACACCUUUGUCUGGGAAGGCAUUGACGGGUCCCAGGUUUUAGCCCACUUCCCACCCGCGGAUUCCUAUGGGCUGGCUGGUUGUGUGGAGGAGGUGAGUGAGGGCCACUUGCCCCCCGGAAGAAGGAAGUGAGGGCCAAGUUGGGGUGGGGUUUCUAGCACUUCUGAAGACCAGCAACUGCAAGGAAUGUAUUGCAAGGGAAUGGACUGAAUGACCUGGAAACCAUAGCUUGUCCAAAGUGCUGGGAAUUGUACCCCUGUGUGGGGAGAGGGAAGCCAUGUGCUUUAAAUGUGCUUUGUAGGAAUGAUCGCUGGGUGAGGAGCACACUCCCCUUCACAGAUAAAGCCACAGCUGUCUGAACAUCUUGCCCUCUGUCUAACCUUUUGCGGUCUCAGUAGUCUGCGGUGUCCUGUCUGUAACCUUUGUCUCUGAGACCUUUUGUCUCCUUGUGCAAUACCCUGUGCAAGGGGAAAAUCACGCGGUGGAAACAGGUGCAAAAAUAACUUUGUACCACCCCACGAACUCGGGACGGGAAGAUGCGUAAAGGUCACAGCCCAAAAUGUAUCUGCCUGGGUUUGCAUAUUGUGUCAAUAAAAGGAGCCUCCACAGAGCUGGUCGGCAGCUUGCUUGCAGCUCACCUGCGUUACCAACUCCUGCCUCAUGUCCUUCACUUCAGUGCUUUGUGUGUGUGGUGUGUGUCAGGUGCUGCUGCUGGUAGCUCGCAAUUAACCAGGCAGGACUCCAAACCUGUCUUUUACAGGUUUUAUUGCGCAAACUAUUUACAUUGCAGAUCUACAAAGUUCAUGUCCGUCUUAGUCACUUGCAGAAUCCGGAAGUGGCCCCUUCCGGCUUCUCCCCCACCGUAAGAACUUAGACACCCCAAGCCUCCACCUCCCCUCCUUGCGUUUCACCCCUCUGCGCAAGCUGGGCGACAGACGUGGCGUGGGUCCCUCCUAGCCAGCCCGGCUAGGUGAGGCGCUGGGGCUCUCAGCAGCAUCCUCGAGCCCUUUCCUCGCUUGGCUGGCGUUUCCGCUCACUGGAAGAGGAACUGCUCCUCAGGAGCUUCGGAGGCUCUCUGUAUCCCAACCCUGCCUCCCUCCCCUGUUCUGAUGGCAGUCCCCUGACAUGCCUCCUGACACCAGGCAAGCAACCUUAAUUGUACUAUUUUCGUUGUUGUUGUUUAGUCGUUUAGUCGUGUCCGACUCUUUGUGCCCCCAUGGACCAGAGCACGCCAGGCACUCCUGUCUUCCACUGCCUCCCGCAGUUUGGUCAGACUCAUGCUGGUAGCUUCGAGAACACUGUCCAACCAUUUCGUCCUCUGUUGUCCCCUUCUCCUUGUGCCCUCAAUCUUUACCACAUCAGGGUCUUUUCCAGAGAGUCUUCUCUUCUCAUGAGGUGGCCAAAGUAUUGGAGCCUCAGCUUCACGAUCUGUCCUUCCAGUGAGCACUCAGGGCUAAUUUCCUUAAGAAUGGAGAGGUUUGAUCUUCUUGCAGUCCAUCUCCUCCAGCACCAUAAUUCAAAAGCAUUAAUUCUUCGGCGAUCAGCCUUCUUUAUGGUCCAGCUCUCACUUCCACACAUCACUACCGGGAAAACCAUGGCUUUAACUAUACGGACCUUUGUUGGUAAGGUGAUGUUUCUGCUUUUUAAGAUGCUGUCUAGGUUUGCCAUCGCCUUUCUCCCCAGGAGCAGGCGUCUUUUAAUUUCGUGACUGCUGUCACCAUCUGCAGUGAUCAUGGAGGCCAAGAAAGUAAAAUCUCUCACUGCCUCCAUUUCUUCCGCUUCUAUUUGCCAGGAGGUGAUGGGCCCUGUGGCCAUGAUCUUCGUUUUUUUAAUGUUGAGCUUCAGACCAUAUUUUGCGCUCUCCUCUUUCACCCUCAUUAAAAGGUUCUUUAAUUCCUCCUCACUUUCUGCCAUCAAGGUUGUGUCAUCUGCAUAUCUGAGGUUGCUGAUAUUUCUUCCGGCGAUCUUAAUUCCGGCUUGGGAUUCAUCCAGCCCAGCCUUUUGCAUGAUGAAUUCUGCAUAUAAGUUAAAUAAGCAAGGAGACAAUAUACAGCCUUGCCGUACUAUUUUCAGUGCCUGCUUAAAAGAUUUUUAUUUGGGAAAGCCUACCCAGAAAUGUAGAAGAUACGUGGGUCUUUAUUUCUUUUUAAUAAUAUUUUGAAUAUUUAAAAAAUGCCUGUUUUAACUGAGUUUUUCUAAUGCAGUAAUGUUGAUGUUUUCUCUUAUAUUCUUGCAAACUUUUCUUUCACAAUGGAGCUGCAUGUGAAUCUUGUGAAUAAAAUAAAUAAAUAAAUAUUCCCUUCGAAAAGAGGUCACGUCAUCACGUUGUUGCCUCUGCCCUAGAUGUUAAAAACGGCCAAGAACAACAGGGACAGGGGCCGUGUCAACCACAGUGCCGCUCUCUUUGGCUUCGGAGACGGGGGAGGCGGACCAACUCAGAAGAUCCUGGACAGGCUGAGGAGAAUGAAGGACACAGACGGCUUGCCAAGGUCAGUCUCCCUUUGCUACGCUGACAAGCCCACUUUAAAAAGGAGAAACAAAAGCCUGGCUUCCUGUGGUUAGGAAGAUGGACCCACAAAGGUAUGGGCUGAAUAAAAGAUUUGUGGGAAGCCAUAUACAGUCAUACCUUGGGAUAAAUAUGCUUCAGGAUAAGUAUUUUCGGGUUGCGCUCCGCGGCGACCUGGAAGUAACAGAGCGCGUUACUUCCGGGUUUUGCCGCUCGCGUAUGUGCAGACGGUCAAAAUGACGUCACGCGCAUGCGCGGAAGCGGCGAAACGUGACCCGCGCAUGCGCAGAUGCGCAGUCGCGUCUUACGUUCUAUUCAGGAUGCAAACGGGGCUCCGGAACGGAUCCCGUUCGCAUCCCAAGGUACCACUGUAAAUGCCCUGUAAACAAAUUGGGAUGAACACUCAUUAACUCUCGGCAUCUCCCCCCUGCAUCCGGAUGAGCAUUUACCUAGUUGGAGUACACUUUCCUGCACCUCAGGAGGUGGCGCAGCAGGGCCAGUGAGGGGGCGUGGCCUGGAGGAGGGAGGGUGUGGCCUUUUGAGCAUCCCCAGGACUGGACGGAGAGGCAUUUAGUCUCUGGGCCUGAAGCUCUCCCCACCCCUGCUACAACUGGUGGUUUCUCUUUCUCUCCUUCUCAUAGGGUUCAGAUGUCCACCCCUGACCGGCUUUUCACUGCCCUGGAAAAGGAAAAGGCUCAGUUGUGUACCUGGGUUGGCGAACUGUUUCUGGAGCUCCAUAAUGGCACAUACACCACACACGGACAGGUUAGUAUGCACAGGAAAACAGUCAGACAGUCCUCUGGCUGAGAGUCAAAAGGUCUGUCCUCGGAAGCUUCUGUUCCCAAAGUUCUAAAACCAGCAUCACCUUAGAAGUUCAACUUGGGGGAAGUUUGUCCUCAUAAGCCUCCUGUCGGUUGCUGCAGCGUCUGCUUAUCUUGCUCUGUGAGACAGGAAAGGACAACCUUCCAGGUGCUGUUGGACUCCACAUCCCAUCAGCUCCAGCAAGCAGAACCAAUAGUCAGGAAUGAUGGGAGUUGUAGUCCAACAAGGUCUGGAAGACCGCAGGAUCUGGGUACAAAUACGUAGAGUUGCAGUGUUACAACUUGCAAUCUCUGCUUAUCGGUACCUGAUUAUCAUCAUCAUCAUCUAUUAAUUAAUUAAUUAAUUACAGCAUUGAAGUCCACUACGAAAAACAAUUUAAAGCAACUGGCAAUCAUAAAAAGCAAUGUGUCUGAUCAUUUCCUUCCAUUGCUGUUUUCUGUAAAUGUUUUCUCCUUUUGAAACCAGAUUAAGAAGGGGAAUCGGGAGUGUGAGCGCCUGCUCCACGAUGUUGAGAUUCUGAGUAGCUUUGCUUUGGCACAGAAAAGCUCUUUCCAGUACCCUUCUGCUAAGCUUCAGCACCUGUGGAGGUACAACUUUGAAUGUGAAUAUUUGGUGCUGUUCAGAAUAUGGGAUCUUGCUGGGCUUUGUUGGGGUAGUAGAAAGGGUGGCCAAAUCCUAAGAAAGAUCACCCACCACCUUUUCCCUCCCCACUCCUAUCACGGAUCCUGCCUGCUCCCCAUCUGAGAACUGUGACAAGGUGGUGGAGCCCCUGACCCGCAAAUGCUUUGUAUAGAUGCCAGCUAGUUCCUCUCUUCCUUUGGGUCUCCUGAUUUUUUGUCCCCUUUUGGUGGCAGGCUCCUCCUCCUGAAUCAGUUCCAUGAUGUCUUGCCAGGCAGCUGUAUCCAACUGGUAGCUGAGGAUGCCAUGAGAUACUAUUCAGGUAUGAAUUUACCCUGGCCCUUGAGAGAGGCCUCAAGAGGCCCUUCUCCUCAGCCUGCUAUCGGGAUACAUUAGAUUGGUCAGCCCGAGAGGCAGGGCCUUCGUGGUGGCAGCCCCAGUCACAUGAAUUCACUUCCUAGGGAGACACAUGUUGCCCAUAUUUUACUGGGUUUAAGAAUCUAGCACUACUUCUCUUCAGGUAUUGAGCUGUCAGAAUGACUAUAGCAUGGAACAGGGGUUUCUGAACCCUGGUCCUCAGACCAGCAGUUGUCCAAAAGCUUUAUUUAGGUGGUCUGUGGCAUGUCUGUGAAGAACACUUAGAAUCUGCAUUCUGCAAUAAAAUACAGUAUAAGAAAUAAAAGCAGCAGUACACAUACAAUUUAAAACCAUGCCGUAUCUGACACAAGGGACGCGGGUGGAGCUGUGGUGUAAACUACUGAGCUUUGGGCUUGCCGAUCGGAAGGUCAGCGGUUCGAAUCCCCGCGACGGAGUGAGCUCCCAUUUCUCGGUCCCUGCUCCUGCCAACCUAGCAGUUUGAAAGCACGCCAAAGUGCAAGUAGGUAAAUAGGUACCACUGUGGUGAGAAGGUAAAUGGUGUUUCUGUGCGCUGCUCUAGUUUCGCCAGAAGCGGCUUAGUCAUGUUGGCCACAUGACCCAGAAAAACUGUCUGUGGACAAACGUCAGCUCCCUCCGCCAGUACAGUGGUACCUCGGGUUACAGACGCUUCAGGUUACAGACUCUGCUAACCCAGAAAUAGUACCUCGGGUUAAGAAUUUUGCUUCAGGAUGAGAACAGAAAUCGUGCAGCGGCAGCAGCAGGAGGCCCCAUUAGCUAAAGUGGUACCUCAGGUUAAGAACAGUUUCAGGCUAAGAACGGGCCUCUGGAAUGAAUUAAGUUCUUAACCCGAGGUACCACUGUACUUUAUUUUAUCUUGGAGGGCAGGCACCCAAAGCAACCCAAGAAACGCUAACUGGCAGUUGGGGUGUGUGACACCAGGACCGAAGGUGACUCGGAACAGAGUAACCGGGAAGAGGGCAGGUUCUAGCUGUGGAAAGGAACCAUCCGCACGGCAACAUUUUGUUGCAGGUCCCACUUGCCCCUUUUAAAAUAUGUGCUACCGCUUUAGCUCACUCUGGAUGGGCAAGUUCCCUUAAUGGAAAUCCUUUCCCCCCAGAAAUUUGCAGUGCUGGAUCUCAACUUCUGAAAGAUGCUGUGCAGUCCCUGUUUGGAGGCCUUUUGUCAAGCAGUCAAGAGACUAACGGUGGCAUCCUUGUGGUCAACACGUUGCCGUGGAAACGAACUGAAGUCAUCCCCAAAGCUGGACCAGGAGGAUCCAAGACCUUAGGUGCCAACAGUGCUUCAGGCCUAAAAGCCUUUUGAUUCACAGAUAGAUUACUUUAUAGCAAGUUCUUCUUUAUUGUAGUGUGUAAAGUACUUCUAAUCGUUACAGAGUCCUUGCAAUAUUCUUAAGUGAAGGGAUUGUUGCAUUCACAAGAAGAAAUGCUAAAACCUAUUUUAGUCAUGCCCAUUAAUUUCAGUAUGCAUUGUGACCCCAGGUGGGAGUGAGAUACAGUGCAGAGGAUUGUAGAAGGACUCGACCGUAGCAAAUGCACCUGUCUUUUGGCUGAUUCAAAGUUAACCUGUCUCCUUUGUACCUCUUUAGCCUUGGUGACAGUUCCUAGCAUGGGCUACUGUGUUGUUCAAGAUUCCUUACCUCCUCCAUAUCCCGUGACAGUGACCAAAGAGGUGAGCUCCUCUCUGGCUUUUGCCAGGAAACCGGAGUUAAUAAUAUAUGCCGCAGGGCUACCAAAUGGUGGGCACCUGAGGGCACAUGUGGUGGGACUGCCUCAAGGUUGCGGAAUUCUGGGCCACGACGUUCAAAGAUAUUUCUUUAAUAACAAAUCACACUCGUCCCUCCUUCAUAUCUGGUGCUUCAGAAUUAUUUUCUGAAGCUGAUAAAGAAAAAAUAAGGAAUUCAUUUGCCACCUUUUGAUGGCAGCAAGGAUGUCUGGAGCAAUGUUUUGGGAGACGUUUGAGCUAGUCUAUUUGGCCUACUGGUACACAAGGGUUUGGCAGGUAGCCUUGCUGGAAGAAAAAUCCCGUAAACUGUCUCUAGGUGGAUUCGUUCAAAAAGACAAGUUUGAUGAAGUAUGGUUUGAUUUCAUAUAGUUUCAGAACAAGGAGGUAUGUGGAUGGAUGCCCCUCCAUGGAAUAAGUUACAUGAAAGUGCAGCAAAUUCCAUGACUUGGGAAUGGAGAUCCCGUUGCCUCUCUAGAUGUUCUGUACUACAACUUGCAUCACCCCUGGGGGAUGAUGGGAGCUAGAGCCCCUCUUUCUCUAGCUGAUGGGUGAAUCCAGGCAGCCUGUGUUUCCCCUUAUUCUUAGGCAUCAGGGUGUGACUGUUGGGAUGCUGCCAGGGAGACGGGGGCAUCAGGCAGGCCCAGAGCUGGCUCCAGCCACCGGCCGGCAGCCGGGCGAUCUCCAGGUCACGGAACAGCAUCAAUCAAUCAGCGACUCGAGCCUCAGUAGCCUUCUGAAGCUACCGAGCACGCUAAUUAGCAGAGUGAAUAAAUCUCCACAAUGGAAGUGGCGGACAGAGACAUGUGUAAGCAUUAUUUACAACAUUUAUUCAGCAUAGUUCAGGAACAAAGGAAAAAACAUGUCUGCUUCCCUUCGUCUCCAGCAAAACAACAAUAGCAAAAGCAAUAUACAAAACAGAAGUUCCCAGUAGACUGUGCUGGAAGUAAACAGGCAUGUGACACACAACAGUCAUGCCUGAUCCCUUUUAAGGUGGAACGGAACUAUAUCCUAACAGUGACCUCCUAGCGGCUCUUGUUCCUUUUCAUUUAUUUAGUUCUUAAAUCUUCCUCUGCAGGUGGAUGGCUCUGUCAUCAUGAAGAAUGGUCUUGUCCGGGUCUGUCUGGAUACUCUGGGGCGUGUGACAUCGCUUUGCUUAAUGCAUCCAGAGAGGUACUUUGAGAACUGAACUUUAUUUGUUCUCAAAUCAAGCCAUGCAAUUCCUUGACUCCUUGAGGGUGUGCUUUUCUCCUUAGAGAGUCAGUUCCUGAAGGUUGCUGCGCUAACCAGUUUGUGAUAUUUGACGACGUUCCAUUGUAUUGGGAUGCCUGGGACGUUAUGGACUAUCACCUGGAGACCAGGUAGGUUGCCUGUCAUCGUUUUGGCACAACACUGCAGCUUGAGAUUUCUUGUAUGUAACGAAAGGAUGCUGAAGAGCUUCUCUUCGCAGCAAAGGUAACGGCAUCCAUUCGGUCUCUCUUGAGACAGAGCUGGAAUUGCAAAUCAGUCAGAGAGAAUCACACACGCUUCGCAUCAAUGGCACAAUUUACCGUAUUUUUUGCUCUAUAAGACUCACUUUUUCCCUCCUAAAAAGUAAGGGGAAAUGUGUGUGCGUCUUAUGGAGCGAAUGCAGGCUGCACAGCUAUCCCAGACGCCAGAACAGCAAGAGGGAUUGCUGCUUUCGCUGCGCAGCAAUCCCUCUUGCUGUUCUGGCUUCUGAGAUUCAGAAUAUUUUUUUUCUUGUUUUCCUUCUCCAAAAACAAGGUGCGUCUUGUGGUCUGGUGCGUCUUAUAGAGCGAAAAAUACGGUAGUUUAAACCACUAGAGCGCUUCCAGGUGUUGUUAAAAAAUAUCCAGGUGUAUCACAAGCAUGUAGGGAGAAAUGGCCAUACAACAAGUAAGCAAAAGCAAGGGCUUAUAUAAAAAGAAAUAGCACAUUUCCUUGUUUGAGAACACUGCAUGUUUUCAGCAUAGCUCAAAACUCAAAUCUAUGUAUCUCAGGGUAAGCAAUGUUUACCACUGUAAGGAAUGUUCUUGCAUUUUGGAACCCUUCUCACUCCUGUUCUCCUCUCUCUGUUACAUACUCAUGUCUCUUGAAAAAUCUUCAGGCACAGCCAUUCUUCCUUUGCAGAGGAAAGGAAAAAAGGACUAAGGAGGAGGGCGCAGUACAGACUUACCUCUUAGUGUGAGUGGCAUGGAGGGAACCAAUGAAAGUGAUGGCCAACAGACUGAAAACAAAGGGAAAUGGAAUGUCUAAUUCACUAAAGGAGCAGCCAGUAGGGAGCCUGCUUUGCAGGGUUAGUUGCCAGAACCUCCGGUUAGAAGGUAGUAUGUGAUGGUGGAGGGAACUGCCUGAGACCUUGGAGAACUGCUGCCAGCCAGUGUAGUACUGAUCUAGGUGGAGAAAUGUCUGCCUCUGUGUAAGGGAACUUUAUUUGAUGGGACCAGGCGGGCAGGCACAGAACGAAAUGAAAUCUAAUCUGCUAUCUGAAACCUUUUGGCUUUUCUAGGUAGUGUGGUGGAUUUCUUCAGUAAACACACCAUUGUGAUGCUUAAGAUGGCUUUAUCUGGUCACAAUAGCGGCCUCUGGGGAGCCCACAAAAGUGGAGCCCCAAACCUAUAAAUCACACAGGCUUACAUAGAGACAUUCCUUCACCUUAGCUUUGCACAUGUGUGGAAGUGAAGCCACGUUCUCAGUGGGAAAGUGCGCCUGCGUGGUCAGAGCUGGAUGCCUGAUUCACCAACAGGAACACGGCGCCUGCUUUCUGUCAAACUAGCCCAAGGCUGAGUUUUUCCUGCACAAACAUUCUUGACACCUCCUUAAUACAGUCUGAGCAAGCAGAUUCUCCUGACCGUAUCCUUUCACACACACUUGUUUACAUCUCUUCACAUAUGGGUAUUGGGCAUUUGAAACAUGCCACAGAGUGUGUGCAGAGUAGACCACACAGAUGGAAACACUGAAGAGACGCAAAAAUAUCUUUGCAUGGUUUAAUAACAAAACUCCUCUAACAUACAUCUUACAUAGUGUCUAUAAUCAUCACCCAUCCAUCCACCAAGGGAGAGUAAGGUGCAUACUGCGCAUUAUAUACCAUUCACAAUUGCUGACACAGCUAAUUACAGUGACUUAUCAGCACCUGCUACACUGGUAAAGGUAAAGGGACCCCUGACCAUUAGGUCCAGUCGUGGCCGACUGGGGUUGUGGUGCUCAUCUCGCUUUAUUGGCCGAGGGAGCCGGCGUACAGCUUCCGGGUCAUGUGGCCAGCAUGACUAAGCCGCUUCUGGAGAACCAGAGCAGCGCACGGAAAUGCCAUUUACCUUCCCGCUGGAGUGGUACCUAUUUAUCUACUUGCACUUUGAUGUGCUUUCGAACUGCUAGGUUGGCAGGAGCAGGGACCAAGCAAUGGGAGCUCACCCCGUCGUGGGGAUUCAAACCGCCGACCUUCUGAUUGGCAAGUCCUAGGCUCUGUGGUUUAACCCACAGCGCCACCCGCGUCCCUAUGCUACACUGCUACGCAGCUGUAAAAACUAGGUCAGGAUAUGCACCCUGGCUUUUAAAUUGGUACACACCCUGUGGAACAAUAAUGAACCCUAACAUUUAAACAAACUAUUCAACAAUGGGCUGUCUACGCUACAGUAGUCAGCAGAGGCAGCUCCCCAUGGGUAUCGGGCUUUUUGUGCUCCCUCUUGUGAGGAGAAGCACCAUCUUCUACUACUCAAAAUAAAGCUUCCCACAGCCACCGUUGGAGGCAGUGAUGCUCCUGAAUACCAUUUCCUGGAAACCACAAGAGGGGAGAGGGCUGCUCUUGUGAUCGGUUCCUGCUUGUGGGAUUCCCAUUUUGGGCAUUUGGUUGGCACUAGACGGGCUGGACUAGACGGGCCAUUGGCUUGAUCCAGCAGGGCUCUUUGGAUAUUCUUCCCUUACGGCCUAGAACAGCGGUCCCCAAACUAAGGCCCGUGGGCUGGAUAAGGCCCGAGGGACUCGUUUAUCCAGCCUGCGGCAACUGCCGCUGCCCGCUCUUACCAGUGCUGCGCUGCGCGGCUGCCCACUUCCGGGUCGGAGGAGCACCGGAAGUUGGUUGUGCGCAUGCGCAAGUGUUAUUUCCGGUGCACAUUCAGGUCGGAGGAGGCCCGCGCACAAGCUAUUUCCAGUGCUCCUCCGACCCGGAAGUGCGCCGGAAAUAGCGUGUGCACACGCGUAUGGGCACGCGCUCCCCCACCCUCCGGUCCGCCGCGCAAUCGGCGCUGGAGACACCGGCCCGAGGUGCAGUAAGUUUGCUGACCCCUGGCCUGGAACUCUGAGCCAAUGAUUUCCUUGUAAAUAUCCCUUUCAGGAAGACCAUUGCACAUCUCCUUAAACCCUUGGAAAUCAUCCAGCCAGGGGGACUGCGGGGCAGUGUGACCUCCUCCCUUCAGAUCAGCGAGAAGAGCGUCCUUACGCAAGAGGUCAUUCUGGACGCAGCAUGCCCUCACGUCCGCUUCCAGACUCAGGUUCGAUAUGCUUGUAAUCUUCUCUGGAAGCUCUUUCCCCUCCUAAAUACACCCACACCUGUGUAUGUUUUGUAAAUCUGUUUUUUCCCCUUUAAAUUAAAUAUUUUUUAAAUUACAUUUCAAGAAAAGAUCGUACAAGGUUAUGCAAAAUACAGUGUUAGCAAACAGGGUCUGGUGACAAUAUACAUAGUCCAUAUACCAUUACUGACCACUGUCAAACAAAUACAGACAUAAAAUAAAACCAAAAUAAAUAAACCACAGGUAUGGGAAUGUGUGGAAGGUAGCAAGUGGAGCUAUCUAUAGCAUAGGCAUCAUAGUUAAAGAAGACAAGGUUACAAAACAUGGACCCUGUUAUACCAAGGAAAAUGAUGAAAUGUGCUGAGUCAGUGUAUAAGCCAUAUUUGUUUGUAGGCCACGGGAGGUCUUUGCUUACCAUAGCUGUCAACUUUUCCCUUUUCUUGCGAGGAAUCGUAUUCGGAAUAAGGGAAUUUCCCUUAAAAAAAGGGAAACGCUGACAGCUGUGCUGCUUACAAGUGAAAUAAAGUCAGACCAAACAAGUAUGAAAUCGUCCUUUUUCUUUGGCCCCUCAAGACUCUCAGCUUACUACGUUUUCCAGCAAGGCAAUAUCCCACACUUUAGAUGGGUCCAGUCUAAUUUUUUCCACAACUGUGUGAUCCUCAUUCCAGCUGCUAUAAGUAGGUGCACUAUCAAGCCUUUCUUAUGCAAUGUUUAAAAUCUAUUGAUUCAGAAUGCUUGAUAUUUCUGAUUAAAAAAAUAUUAUAAACGAGGCCUGCUGUGCAAAAUCCAAAGGUUGCUUUUAUAACCUUAGUCUAUGAAAGAUUGCAGCGUUUUGGGACUUUUAGCUUAGAGAAAAGGUGAACAAGAGGCACCAUGAUAGAAGUUUAAAAAAAUUGUGCCUGGGAGGGAGAAAGUGCAUAUAGAAAAGUUUUUCUUUCUCUCUCAUAACAAUAGAACUCAGAGGCAUUCAAUGAAGUUGAAUGCUGGAGGAUUCAGGACAGGUCAAAGAAAGGACUUCUUCUCACAGCGCAUAGUUAAACUGCGGAACUCCCUGCCCCUGGAGGCAGUGAUGGCCACCAGCUUGUUGUUGUUUAGUCAUUUAGUUGUGUCUGACUCUUCGUGACCCCAUGGACCAGAGCACGCCAGGCACUCUUGUCUUCCACUGCCUCCCACAGUUUGGUCAGACUCAUGCUGGUAGCUUCGAGAACACUGUCCAACCAUCUCGUCCUCUGUCGUCCCCUUCUCCUUGUGUCCUCCAUCUUUCCCAACAUCAGGGUCUUUUCCAGGGAAUCUUCUCAUGAGGUGGCCAAAGUACUGGAGCCUCAGCUUCAGGAUCUGUCCUUCCAGUGAGCACUCAGGGCUGAUUUCCUUCAGAAUGGAUAGGUUUGAUCUUCUUGCAGUCCAUGGGACUCUCAAGAGUCUCCUCCAGCACCAUAAUUCAAAAGCAUCAAUUCUUCGGUGAUCAGCCCUCUUUAUGGUCCAGCUCUCACUUCCAUACAUCACUACUGGGAAAACCAUAGUUUUUACUAUACGGACCUUUGUUGGCAAGGUGAUGUCUCUACUUAAAAAGUAGAGACAUCACCUUGCUGCCAGCCUAGACAGAUUUAAAAGAUUAGACAGCUUGGAGGAGAGGGCUAUCAAAGGCUACCAGCCACUGUAGGAAGCAGCAAUGCUGCUGGAAAUGGUUGCUGGAAUUUGUAGGAGCGGAGAAAUUGCUCUUGGGCACGAAUCCUACUUGCCGGUUUCCCACUGGGGCUUCUGCUGUGAGAACAGGAUGCUGGACUGAUUCAGCAGCCAGGCUCCUCUUAGGUUCUUGAGACAAAACAUUUACUGCAUUUUAGUGUUAGUGUGCUUGGCUCUGUGAUAGGCCUUUUGAACAUUGCAUCAUUAGGAACUUUGCUUGCCCCACCCCAAUCUGUCAUUUCAGUGAACUCUCUUGCGUUCCAAAAGCAAGGAAGGAUUGGACUCUGAUUAAUAAAAUACACACGAGGCUUGACCAGCAAGACUCUGGGAGGAAGGGCCAAUAAUAAUCUGUCCACCCCUUAGCCCAGGUCGUUUUAUUCACAAAAGAACUUUUUUACACAGUGUUCAUAAGAACCAAUCAGAUUUCCUCUGAGCAUUUCAAAAAACCCCACGUGGGACAAAGUCAGAUCAGAAGAAAUCCUUUUAACUACAAAGAAACUAUUUCCUACUUAAACAUGCAUACGUGGUUAAGCUAAAUAAACAGGAACCAAGAAGAAAUGCAUUUAGUGCCCCCAGAGGUCAUAAAUUCAUAGGAAAGAAAGACACAUUUACCAUCUCCGUAUAAACUCUGUUCCUGGCCCUUAAGAUCUAUCUAAAGAUUAACAAAAGCUACACCAAAGCUACCUUUUAUCUUUAUGGCUUAGGAUGCCUGAUGAAGCAACGAGUCUGUGUUUUAGACUGCUUUAGGCGUAGAAAAUGGACAGUAGAGAAGAUGGGCAGAGAUGGAGAGGCUUGUGGGAUUUAAUCAGAAAUUAUUCUCAAUGACUCAGACCCAGUCCACGCAAUGCUUUCACUGCGGACACAAUGGCUUGCUCCAUAUUUUCAUAAUUCCUCAUAGCAAUCCCACCUGACCCCCACAAACUCAACCCUAGUCUGGUUUCACUUUCCUUUGCUGUUUGGGACUGGCCUGGAAUAAGGAGAACUCAUCAGCUUUAGUAGGUUGUGUAGAUGUUAUGACACUUCCGGGUGACCUGGAAGUUCCUAGAGCAGGGGAGCCUCCAAAUAAACUGGGAGAAUGUAUGUGUUUUAUAUGUAAGUAAGUAAGUACCGUAUUUUUCGCUCUAUAGGACACACUUUUCCCCCUCCAAAAAUUAAGUGGAAAUGUGUCUGCGUCCUAUGGAGCGAAUGCAGGCUCCUUGGCUUCAGCGAUAGCAACAAGAAGCCUCCGAAGCCCAGAGGGAGAACUCCCCCCGCGCUCUGGAGGCUCCGCGGUGCUUUCGCUGAAGCCCCCGGAGCGCAGCGGGAGUUCCCGCUGCGCUCCGAAGGCUUGCAGAUAGCUGCCUGAAGCCUGGAGAGCGAGAGGGGUCGGUGCACACCGAUCCCUCUUGCUCUCCAGGCUUCGCUUCGCUGGAGAGGCGCUGCACAGUUUUCCCUCUCUGCGCAGCGCCCCUUCAGUGAAGCGGGAGGAGAAAUGGAAGGGGCUCUGUUUCUCCUGCUGCUUCGCUGAAGGGGUGCUGAGCAGAGAGGGGGAGAAAUUUUUUUCCCCUGUUCUCUCCCUCCUAUGGUCCGGUGCGUCCUAUAGAGCGAAAAAUACAGUAAGUAAGUAAAUAAAUAAAUAACUUUGAGAUUGGGGGCAGGGCGGAGAACAAGGCACCUUUUCUCCUCUGAUACGCUACACUUCUUGCUGGAUCCACAGGUGGACUGGAAUGAGGCUCAUAAGUUCCUCAAGGUGGAAUUCCCUGCCAAGGUCCGGAGCCCCAACGCCACAUAUGAGAUACAGUUUGGCCACCUUCAGAGGCCAACGCACUGGAACACCUCUUGGGACUGGGCUCGGUUUGAGGUGAGAAUUUGCCCACAGACUCCUGGCCAAGAUAGGUAUUGCUGGGUGGCUGUCAACCUUUCUGUUUAUCAACUGUCUACACCGGUGGUUCCCAAAGAUUUUUGGGCCACCGCCCCCUCGGUUCCAUAAAUUCAGAAGAGUUUUCAGCAGGCAUUUCAAAGUUGGCACAGGAGGCACCUGCUAAAUCUCUCAUGGCAAAGAGUUCCACAGGACCAGGCCAAGGGCACCAAAGGCUCUGUUUCCUGCUGUUGCCAAAUGAGUUCUCAGAGAACGAGCAACGACGCUCUUGCAGAUGAACUCAGUGAUCAAACUGGGACAGAAGGGUUCAGGCAAUCCCUGAGUUAGCUGGACCUAAGUUGUUCAGGGCUUUGGAAGACCCUUGAACUGGGCGAAAGGACUGUGAACUCAGGCCUGGCACUGAAAACACAAUCCCUGGGCUGAGCAUAUACUCAGAGGCUCCUUAAUUAUGUGUGUGUGUGUCCACCCUCCCAAGUGCUUUAAAAAACAACAACAACAUGGUUCUGGUUAAUAUACCUUAGGAAUUCUAGUUUUAAAAACACAGGAGACCCUGCAAGCCUGAAGUUUGCUUAUAAGAGUCGGUGGAGAAGAGUCGAGUCGGUGGAAGAAGAUUGGAAGAAAUUCAAAGACUAUUUACAGAAAUACUGCAGAAUUAAUGAAUGUUAGAAUGAUGUUGGAUUGAAGUUAAGUGGUUUCUAGCUGUACAGGCACAAAAGAAUAUGGAAAAAUUGGUUUUUAAUAUGUAAAAUGUAAAAUUUAAAGUUAUAAUAUAUCAAGAUUAAAGAUUAGGAUUAAAAAGGAUGGAAAGGAAUUGUUGGAUUAACAUAUUUAAUUAGAAUACAGAAGAGGGAGGUAAGAGGAGGUCCGGGAAACAAGUAAACGUAAAAGAAGUGAGGAAAAGAUGAAAUUGUUUUUGAUUGUUUUUUCUUUUUCUACCUUGUAUUUUUUCUUUUCAUUGUUAAUUUUUUCUUUACUAAUGUGGUCUUUUUUUUACUUUUCUGUGAAACUUUAAAAAAUAUUAUUUAAAAAAAAAAAGAAGUUUGCUUAUAACUGCCCUGGAUUAUGAUGCUUGUCCUAAUAUCAGUUUGGUUAUUCUUUUUCCAAGGUGUGGAGCCACAAGUGGAUGGACCUGUCUGAGCAUGGCUUUGGGGUGGCCCUGCUGAACGACUCCAAAUAUGGCUGCUCCGUCCGGAGCAACGUGAUGAGCCUUUCCCUGUGAGUUUUGGCAGGCAGGCAGGAAAAGAUUUCUGGCGGGAUGGCUUGAGGUCUUUGGUAUUCCAGAAUUUUGCUGUGUUUCCCUGGCACUUUAGAAGGGAGCUUGCUGGUGCCUUGUGUAUCUUGGUUCAGUGCACAUCUAAUGUUUGCCUGUUUGGCUACGUCAGGAAUGGAGUAACAGAAGUGAGUCUGGGAAUGGCCAUGUUGGUGGAACUGCACAGUCAAUAACACAAGCGUCCCGUGCAAAGCUCAGAACAAAUAAAAAGAAAGAACUUAGUCAGGCAGCGCAGAGUUAAACCAUGGAACUUAGAUGGCUUUAAAAGAGGAUUGGACAGUAUCAUUUAUUAUUCCUCUGAUACUUGUUUAGAAAACCCAGUUAAAAGUCAUUUUUCUGAAAAAAAAGAGAAUUAGACAAAUUCACGAAGGAGAGGGCAAUCGAUGGCUGCUAGCCUCAAUGGCUGCACUCUCUCCAUGUUCAGCAAAAGGUUCUGAAUAUCAGUUGCUGGAAACCACAGGAGGGCAGAGAGCUCUUAUGUUCAAAUCCUACUUGUGGAUUUCCUUUCGGUGCAUCUGGUCGACCACUGUGGGAACAGGGCAUUGGACUAGAUGGGCAAUUGGCUUGAUCCAGUAGGCCAAUUCUUACCUUCUUGUAUAGUAAUAUAUCAUUUUCAUCUGCAUGAAGGUUAAGAGCACCAAAGUCGCCUGACGCCACAGCAGAUAUUGGGAGCCAUCAGUUUACAUAUGCAGUGAUGCCUCAUGUAGGUAAGAAGAGUUUGGAUUUGGAUUUGAUAUCCCGCUUUAUCACUCCCCGAAGGAGUCUCAAAGCGGCUAACAUUCUCCUUUCCCUUCCUCCCCCACAACAAACACUCUGUGAGGUGAGUGGGGCUGAGAGACUUCAGAGAAGUGUGACUGGCCCAAGGUCACCCAGCAGCUGCAUGUGGAGGAGCGGAGACGCGAACCCGGUUCCCCAGAUUACGAGUCUACCGCUCUUAACCACUACACCACACUGGCUAAGUGGAGCUUUUUGAAGCAACUAAACAGCCGCCUACAGGCAUGGCGGUGAGGUGACUGUCCCUUUCUUGCCUCUGAUGGCAAAGUGCUGUCUUCUGAACAGGUUCAUUCCAGGAGGCGGAGGUGAUCCGUCAGGCAUACAACUUGAAUUUCCCUCUUCACAAGGUGCCGUGCGUCUCAGGGCAGCACCCAGCUUGGAGCGCCUUCUCUGUGCAAUCCCCAGCUGUUGUCCUGGAAGCAAUAAAGCAGGUACGGGGCCCAAGUCACAAAGUGACUUCUCUCGAUGGCUACUAGUCCCAAGGGAAGCUCAGCUCUAACUCCACGAUCACAGGCAGCAGUGCUUCUGUAUACCGGCUGCUGGGAACAAGAAGAGAAAGAAUUCUUGUGCUUGGGUCCUGUUUACUGGUUUCCCACAAGGGGCAUUGGGUUGAGCCCUAGAUGGGCCCUUGGCCUAAUCCAGCAGGACUCUUCUAAUGAUGAGCAGUAUGCCAGGGGUGGGGAGCCACAGGCCUGAGAGCAAAAUGUGGCCCUUCAAAUCUCUCUGGCCCUUGGAGUUGAAAAUAUCAAUAACAAAGAAACCAGAGUCAUAUCUCCUUGGAUUGAUAGAUGAAGAGAUACCACGGGGGUCGGGGGAUUUUUUCAUAUGCAAGUACAGCUGCUAGAAUAGUGAUUGCUGCUAGGUGGAAGUCACAAGCUAUACCCACAAAGGAGGAAUGGGUUUGUAAACUAAAUGAAUAUUUAAUUUUGGCAAAAUUAACUGCUAUAAUAAGAAAUCAGUCGAAUCAAAAAUUAAAAAAGGAGUGGAAAUGUUUGGAUGAAUAUAUGGCAAAAUAUUGCUGGGGAAAAAGAUAUGCUAAUAUGCAUAGAUUAAAAUGUGAAGUACUGGAUGGAAGAAAAAUUAGUAAGGAAAGAUAAUAAGAAUAUAUAGGUGAUUUGAGAAGAUUGUAGAAUGCAAAGGUUGUUGUAAAUUGUAUAAUGUGGAGGAAAUCGAGUGGCGGCGGAGGGAAGUGGGAGGAAGGAGAAUGGAUUGAGGAAAUAGAAAUGUAAAUGGAUGGGGGGAUGGGGAGGAAAUUGUGUUAGCUUUAGUACAUCUGUAUUGUAAUGUAAUAUGUGAAAACCAAUAAAAAAAGAAAGAAGAAAAACAACAACAAAGAAAAAAAAUCUCUCUGGCCCUUGGGAAUUUCUCCAAGCGGUGCCCCCCUGCCCAUGCUCUUCGCCACCUUUGCCCUUGGCUUUUGUGAUGGAAGAAAGGUGGGAUACAAAUUUAGUAAGUGGUCAGCCAUAACCAAUGGACCACAAGGAGAGAGGAGUGGUUGCACAGAGCUGGAGAAGAGCAUUGUGCUGACUAUGGGCUGAUUAUGGGACGCUUGUCUGUUUCCUUCCCUCCUUUCAGGCUGAGGACGUGCCAGGUGUGCUGGUGAUCAGGCUGUAUGAGUCGCACGGCAGUACUGUGGUCACCUGGCUCCAGACGUCUCUCCCAGUCCAAGAGGCCGUCAUGUAAGUGUGUAAAUGUAAACACCACAAGGCGCUUCCAGGCUGCUGCUGUUUUCAGGUGGAGUUCUAUCACAUCCUGGUAUUCCGCUAAAGUUUAUUUGGCACCCCUGACAAAUAAAUGCACUUCCCCCCAAAAUUUGGAUUUUUUUGUACAGUGGUACCUCGGGUACGCGGGUGGCGCUGUGGGUUAAACCACAGAGCCUAGGACUUGCCGAUUGGAAGGUCGGCGGUUCGAAUCCCUGUGAUGGGGUGAGCUCCCGUUGUUCAGUCCCAGCUCCUGCCAACCUAGCAGUUCGAAAGCACGUCAAAGUGUAAGUAGAUAAAUAGGUACCGCUCCAGCGGGAAGUAAACGGCGUUUCCGUGCGCUGCUCUGGUUCGCCAGAAGCGGCUUAGUCAUGCUGGCCACAUGACCCGGAAGCUAUACGCCGGCUCCCUCAGCCAAUAAAGCGAGAUGAGCACCGCAACCCCAGAGUCGGCCACAACUGGACCUAAUGGUCAGGGGUCCCUUUACCUUUACCUUGGGUUAAGUACUUAAUUCAUUCUGGAAGUCUGUUCUUAACCUGAAACUGUUCUUAACCUGAAGCACCACUUUAGCUAAUGGGGCCUCCAGCUGCCGCUGCCAUGCGAUUUCUGUUCUCAUCCUAAAGCAAAGUUCUUAACUCGAGGUACUAUUUCUGGGUUAGCAGAGUCUGUAACCUGAAGCGUCUGUAACCCAAGGUACCACUGUAAUAAAGAAAGCAGAGGGGAAGCGUACUGGAAAGUGUGAGAUAAUACUUGUUGGUCACAAUGCUGUCUAACCUCCCAGCAAACAAAUCUGAACGGAUGCUUAGUGAGUAGCCGAUCUCAUCUCGCCUCCCGAAUCAGGAUGAAUGCCCAGUGAAUGGGUUUUCCGGACUGUGCUCAAAGAGUUCCACUCUUCUCCUUUCUUAGGUGCGACCUCCUAGAGCAGCCUGAUCCAAGCAAGUGCGUGCCACUGGAGGAGCGUGGCCUGCGCCUCUCCUUUACACCUUUCCAAAUACAAACUGUCCUGCUGACUUUGAAACAACCAGGCAGCAGCUGAUCUUUUGGAGCACAAACUGCAAGCUUGGGCCUGAAGCUAUGGCAGACACGGGUGGACUUGAAAGAUCCGCACCAUUCUUCUUCUUCUUCUUCUAAAUAAUUUUUUAUUAUUUUCCUUUAAACAGCUUUCAACAAUACAUUGAUCAACAUAAAAACCCUUUUUGCUCUGCCGAGCUUACGACUUCCCUUCAACCGGUAUCCCGUAUCAAAUCCAAUUGUGCAAUCUAACUUUACUAUAUGUCUACACUGUAGGAUUUACUUCAAUCCUGCUAGUGUCUUCAAAUUUUUGCAAUUAUCAUAAAUAAAUUUACUCCAGUCUCUUUGGAAUUUCUGAU